AUGCUCAACAACAGGCCAAUCGGAUCCAAGGAGUCAACUCUCGAGCACUUCUGUAAACUCAACAUUAAUGACCCUGUACACGUUUAUCGGAUGACUGGGAUCAUUUGUACCAUUGGUCCAUCAUGUCAAAAAGUAGAAGUACUAAAAGACAUGAUGGCUAGUGGUAUGAACAUAGCACGGCUUAAUUUCAGUCAUGGCUCAUACGAAUACCAUGGAACUACGAUAAAAAAUAUACGGACAGCAAUUAGCACUUUUGAGGACAGAAUUACGGUUGGGAUAGCUUUGGAUACCAAAGGACCUGAAAUUCGAACUGGCCUCAUUUGCGGCUCUGGGACAGCAGAAGUGGCCCUUAGAAAGGGUGCAAAAAUUAAGCUAACAACAGACAUCCAAAAAGCUUCGAAAUGUAGUGCCGAGGAACUAUACGUGGAUUACCAGCAGAUAGCAAAAGUGCUCAAAGUUGGCAGUCACGUAUACAUUGAUGAUGGAUUAAUUUCUCUCUCUGUAGAUAGCAUUGUAGGUAAUGAUAUAUACUGUACAAUUGAGAACGGAGGAAAAUUAGGAAGCAAAAAAGGUGUCAACCUGCCUGGGACCAAGUGCGACCUUCCGGCUGUUUCGGAAAAAGACACUAAAGACUUGUUAUUUGGUGUUGAACAGGGUGUUGACAUGAUUUUUGCAUCAUUUAUCCGGAACGCUGAUGGUGUACGAGCAAUUAGAAGAGUUCUCGGGGAACGAGGGAGAUUUAUUAAAAUUAUUGCAAAGAUAGAAAAUCACGAAGGCGUCGAGAAUUCUAUUCCAUCGACAAAAAUGACGUUUUACCACUUUCUUAGUGCCGAUGAAAUAAUCAGAGAAGCAGAUGGACUCAUGAUUGCUCGUGGUGACUUGGGCAUUGAAAUACCACCAGAAAAAGUAUUUGUGGCACAGAAAAUGCUAAUAGCACGAUGCAAUAUAGCAGGAAAACCUGUUAUUUGUGCUACGCAAAUGCUUGAAUCGAUGACUACAAAGCUACGGGCAACUCGCGCUGAAAGUAGCGACGUGGCUAACGCAGUCCUCGAUGGAGCUGACUGUGUGAUGUUGAGCGGUGAAACAGCUAAAGGGGAUUAUCCGGUGCAGACGUUGAUGACAAUGUGUCAAAUUUGUAUCGAGGCAGAAUCAGUAAUGAACUGCAGGAAUUAUUUCGAAGAUGUACUGCAAUGUACAUCUAAGACAAGUGAUAUAACUCAAGUACUUGCCAUUGCUGCAGUUUCUGCUGCUUUCUCAUGCAGUGCUAGCGCGAUUGUUGUCCUCACCAGCAGUGGACACUCUUCUCGUUUGAUCAGUAAAUUUCGUCCCAGCGUUCCGAUCAUAGCAAUCACUCGAGAAGCACAAUCCGCAAGACAAAUGCAACUAUUUCGCGGUGUUUUGCCAGUCUAUUACAAGCAACCACGAAAUCCAGAUUGGAUGGCAGACGUUGAUCUACGUGUGCAAUAUGGUAUGAAGAUAGGUCAAGGUCUUGGUAUAAUAAAAUCAAACACGCUGAUAGUGGUAGUUACUGGAUGGACUAAAGGUUCUGGACAUACAAAUACAAUGAGACUGUUGCGAGUCCCUUAA